CUCCCCUCCAUUUUUCACAUCCAAAUUCUUUCACUUCAACCUUUUUCCUUUUUCGUCUCGCCUUCAAUGGCACCGCACUCGUUUGUCGACGUUCUUGUCAUCGUGCUUGCCUUAGCUUCUUUGAGCCCCCGAGCCAAGGCGGGGAGGAGUUUCUUCGUCUUUGGAGACUCUCUCGUUGACAAUGGCAAUAACAACUACCUUGCCACCACAGCCCGUGCCGAUGCAUACCCGUAUGGCAUCGAUUUCCCGACGCAUCGCCCGACUGGCCGCUUCUCCAACGGCCUUAACAUCCCUGAUUACAUAAGUAAGCAACUCGGGUCGGAGUUCUUACUUCCUUAUUUGAGUCCGGAGCUCAACAGUCGGAGGUUGCUCGACGGCGCCAAUUUCGCUUCGGCUGGCAUUGGCAUUCUCAAUGACACGGGAAUUCAGUUUAUCAAUAUAAUAAGAAUGUUCAGGCAAUUAGAGUACUUUGAAGAGUACCAAAAGAGAGUUGCAGCCCUGAUUGGAGCUCAAAAAACAACCCAACUCGUAAAUGGAGCCUUGGUUCUGGUUACCGUUGGUGGAAAUGAUUUCGUCAAUAAUUACUAUCUCGUCCCCUUCUCCGCUCGGUCAAGGCAAUAUGCUCUCCCCGAUUACGUCAAGGUACUCAUCGUUGAGUAUCGAAAGCUCCUCCUGAGGCUUCACGAGCUCGGAGCGCGACGAGUUCUGGUUACAGGAACAGGGCCGCUAGGGUGCGUCCCAGCAGAAUUAGCGAUGCGAGGAAGCAGCGGCGGGCAGUGCUCGGCGGAGCUGCAACGGGCAGCGGCAUUGUAUAAUCCACAACUUCUUCAAAUGAUCAAAGGACUCAAUGCCCAAGUUGGUUCCAAUGUGUUUGUGGCUGUUAAUACUCAACAAAUGCACAAUGAUUUCGUCUCCAAUCCUCAAGCAUUUGGGUUUGAGACAUCAAAAGUGGCAUGUUGUGGACAAGGGCCAUACAAUGGCUUAGGGCUUUGCACCGAAGCAUCAAACUUAUGUUCGAACAGAGAUGCGUAUGCGUUUUGGGAUGCCUUUCAUCCUUCUCAAAAGGCUAAUGGUAUGAUAGUGAAGCAAAUGUUGUCGGGGUCAACCAAAUAUAUGUACCCUAUGAACCUCACAACCAUCUUUGAAUUGGAUUCUAGGACUUGAAAAAUUGCAAUAAAAGCAAUACCGAAAGCCACGAAACCAAGAAAGAACAAGACAGAGAAAAGAUAUAAUCUUCUUUUGCCUCUUAUAAUCAAAAGGGUUUGAAUUAUGUCGUUUUUAAUGUUGCAUUUGCUUUGGUUUGUGUUUAGUGUUGUGUUGUUGGCUUGAUCGAGAAAAUGUGCAUGUUUUGAAUUAUUUAUAUAAUGACCUAACUUAUAGACCUAAA